AUGUCUGCCCCCGCCAACAAGUUCAAGGUCGCCGACAUCUCGCUGGCCGCCUUCGGCCGCCGCGAGAUCGAGCUCGCCGAGAACGAGAUGCCCGGUCUCAUGGCUACUCGCGAGAAGUACGCCGCCGACCAGCCUCUGAAGGGCGCCCGCAUUGCUGGCUGCCUGCACAUGACCAUCCAGACCGCCGUCCUCAUCGAGACCCUGACUGCCCUCGGUGCUGAGGUUACCUGGACCUCCUGCAACAUCUUCUCCACCCAGGACCACGCCGCCGCUGCCAUUGCCGCCUCGGGCGUCCCUGUCUUCGCGUGGAAGGGCGAGACCGAGGAGGAGUACCAGUGGUGCCUUGAGCAGCAGCUCUUCGCCUUCAAGGAUGACAAGAAGCUGAACCUGAUCCUCGACGACGGUGGUGACCUGACCACCCUCGUCCACAAGAAGUACCCCGAGAUGCUUAAGGACUGCUACGGUGUCUCCGAGGAGACCACCACCGGUGUCCACCACCUGUACCGCUCCCUCAAGGAGGGCGGUCUGCUCGUCCCCGCCAUCAACGUCAACGACUCCGUCACCAAGUCCAAGUUCGACAACCUGUACGGCUGCCGCGAGUCGCUCGUCGACGGUAUCAAGCGUGCCACCGAUGUCAUGAUUGCUGGCAAGAUCGCUGUCGUUGCUGGUUUCGGUGACGUCGGCAAGGGCUGCGCCCAGGCUCUCCACUCGAUGGGUGCUCGUGUCAUUGUCACCGAGAUCGACCCCAUCAACGCCCUCCAGGCCGCCGUUUCCGGCUACCAGGUCACCACCAUGGAGGAGGCUGCUCCCAUCGGCCAGAUCUUCGUCACCACCACCGGCUGCCGUGACAUCAUCACCGGUGCCCACUUCGAGGCCAUGCCCAACGACGCCAUUGUCUGCAAUAUUGGCCACUUCGACAUUGAGAUCGACGUUGCCUGGCUCAAGGCCAACGCUGCCUCUGUCCAGAGCAUCAAGCCCCAGGUCGACCGCUUCACCAUGAAGAGCGGCCGCCACAUCAUCCUCCUUGCCGAGGGUCGUCUCGUCAACCUUGGCUGUGCCACCGGCCACUCUUCGUUCGUCAUGUCCUGCUCUUUCACCAACCAGGUCCUUGCCCAGAUCAUGCUGUUCAAGGCCGAGGACAAGGCUUUCGGCGAGAAGUACAUCGAGUUCGCCAAGGCCGGCAAGUUCGACGUCGGCGUCUACGUCCUGCCCAAGAUUCUCGACGAGCAGGUCGCCGCUCUUCACCUGUCCCACGUCAACGCCAAGUUGACCAAGAUGACCCCUGUCCAGGCCGAGUACCUUGGCCUGCCCGUCGAGGGUCCCUACAAGGCCGACCACUACCGCUACUAA